AGUUCCGUACAACAUGGCGGUCCGCAGCGCAUUCACUGCCGUAAAGCGACACUGUUCGCCCUGGUUUGCGACCGCCGCCUGCUGAUUACCGGUAAAAUGGGGCAGGGCUGUCAGAGAGUCUGAGUCCCGAACGGCCGAAAACAAUAACUGUUCUAAGAACAUUUGUUCCUCACAGAAGAACCGAUGGACCCCAACAGGAUAAUCCAAGCGCUAAAGGGCACGAUUGACCCGAACCUGAGGAUCGCGGCGGAGAAUGAACUCAAUCAGUCCUACAAGAUCAUCAACUUCGCCCCCACCCUGCUUCAGAUCAUUGUGUCCGAGCAGGUGGAGUUUCCUGUGCGUCAGGCGGCUGCAAUUUACCUGAAGAACAUGGUGAGCCAGUACUGGCAGGACCGAGAGCCUUCACAUGGAGAACUGGUGUUUCCCUUCAACAUCCAUGAGAACGACCGUCAACAGAUCCGCGAUAAUAUUGUGGAGGGCAUCAUCCAGUGCCCCGAGUCCAUCCGGGCUCAGCUCACUGUGUGCCUACGUGCCAUCAUCAAGCAUGACUUCCCAGGCCGCUGGACUGGUGUGGUGGACAAAAUCCGACUGUACCUUCAGUCUCAGAACAGCGCCGGGUGGUACGGCAGCCUACUCGCGCUCUACCAGCUCGUCAAAACGUACGAGUACAAGAAGGCGGAGGAGAGGGAUCCGCUACUCGCAGCCAUGCAAAUCUUCUUGCCUCGUAUCCAGCAGCAGAUCACCCAACUGCUGCCAGACGCCACCGUCUUCUCUGUGUUGAUCCAGAAACAGAUUCUCAAGAUCUUCCAUGCACUUGUCCAGUACUCGUUGCCGUUGCACCUGGUCAACAACACGGUCCUGACCCAGUGGAUGGAGAUUCUGAGAACUGUCAUGGACCGAGACAUUCCUCCUGAGACAUUGGAGGUUGACGAGGAUGACCGGCCGGAGCUGGUCUGGUGGAAGUGUAAGAAGUGGGCGCUGCACAUCAUAACUCGGCUGUUUGAGAGAUAUGGAAGCCCAGGCAAUGUUACAAAGGAGUACUCGGAGUUUGCAGACUUCUUUCUGAAGACGUACGCUGUGGGGAUUCAGCAGGUUCUGCUGAAGGUGGUGGAUCAGCAUCGGCUGAGGCAGUAUGUCACUCCGCAUGUCCUGCAGCAGGCGCUUAACUACCUGAACCAGGGCAUCUCCCACUCGCUCACCUGGAAGCAGAUGAAGCCUCACAUGCAGGUCAUCUGUCAGGAGGUUAUCUUUCCACUGAUGUGCUACAAGGAUGAAGAUGAGAAGCUGUGGCAGGAGGACCCCUAUGAGUAUAUCCGCAUGAAAUUCAAUUUGUAUGACGAUCAUGCUCUCCCAGCCACGGCUGCCCAAAGUCUCCUGUGCAAAGCGGCCAAAAAGCGGAAGGAGGUGCUGCCCCAGAUGAUGGAGUUCUGCCACCAGAUCCUGGUGGACCCCAACGCAGACCCUCGAAGAAAGGAUGGGGCACUGCAUGUGAUUGGCUCGUUGGCUGACCUCUUACUGAAGAAACGGGUGUACAAGGAUCAGAUGGAGCUUAUGCUGCAGAACUACGUGGUUCCCCUGUUGAACUCAAACCUAGGAUACCUGCGGGCCCGGUCAUGCUGGGUGCUCCACUCUUUCAGCCCAUUGCGGUUCCAUAAUGAGCUGGUGCUGCGUAAUGCAGUGGAGCUGGUGAAGCAGGACCUUCUUGCAGACAAAGAGAUGCCCGUCAAGGUGGAGGCAGCCAUCGCCCUACAAACCCUCAUCAGCAACCAGGAGCAAGCCAAGGUCUACAUCAGGCCCUACAUUAGGCCUGUGAUGCAGGAGCUCCUCCACAUUGUCAAGGAGACGGAGAAUGACGACCUCACCAACGUUAUCCAGAAGAUGAUCUGCGAGUACAAUGAGGAGAUGACCGUCAUCGCCAUCGAUAUGACACAGAAUCUGGCAGAGAUUUUCGGCAAAGUACUACAGAGCGAGGAGUAUGAAGAGAGUGAGGACAAGACAGUGAUGGCUCUGGGUAUCCUCAGCACCAUCGAUACCAUCCUCACUGUCAUGGAGGACCACAAAGAGAUCACACAGCAGCUGGAAGGAAUAUGCUUGCAGGUGAUUGGCCUUGUGCUGCAGAAACCCAUAAUAGAGUUCUACGAGGAGAUCCUGUCGCUGGCCUUUGGUCUGACAUGUCAGGCCAUAUCUCCCCAGAUGUGGCAGCUCCUGGGAGUCCUGUAUGAUGUGUUCCAGCACGACUGCUUUGAGUACUUCACAGACAUGAUGCCACUCCUGCACAACUAUGUGACAGUGGAUACCGACAUGCUGCUGUCAAACCCCAAGCACCUGGAAAUCAUUUAUACCAUGUGCAAAAAGGUCCUCACAAGUGAUGCGGGCGAAGAUGCAGAGUGCCAUUCUGCCAAGCUGCUGGAGGUGAUCAUCUUGCAGUGUCGUGGGCGUGGCAUUGAUCAGUGCAUCCCCUUGUUUGUGGAAGCAGUCCUGGAGCGGUUAACGCGAGGUGUGAAGUCCAGCGAGCUGAGGACCAUGUGCCUGCAGGUGGCCAUUGUAGCACUCUACUACAACCCUGGCCUGCUGAUACACACGCUGGACAGCAUCCGCUUUCCACACAGCCCAGAGCCCAUCACCGCCCAGUUCAUCAACCAGUGGAUGAAUGACACAGAGUUCUUCCUGGGGCUCCAUGAUCGUAAGAUGUGCAUCAUUGGGCUGAGUGUCCUGAUGGAGUUGCCCAACCGACCUGCUGCUGUGGAAGCAGUGGCAGCCCAGAUUGUGCCUUCCAUCCUGCUCCUGUUUCUGGGCCUCAAACAUGUCUAUGCCUCCCGAAUCCUAAACAAGGCAGAUAUCCUGGCCAGACGACCCAAUUCCGAUGAGGAAGAGAAUGAGGAAAUCCCAAGUGAUGAGGAUGAGGUCAGUGGAGUCAACCAGAACCGGAACGCCAUGCAACAGACAGCUAGCUCAACAGAGGGCCGGGAUGAUGAUGAUGAUGAGGAGGAGGAAGACUACUGGGACGAGGAAGGUCUGGAGGGGACUCCUCUGGAGGAGUACAGCACACCGCUGGACUAUGACAAUGGGGAGGACGAGUACCAGUUCUUCGCAGCUGCUCUGCUGAGGGUCCAGAGUACAGAUGCCAGAUGGUAUCAAUCCCUCAUGGCACCGCUUAGUGACGACCAGAAGAAACAGCUUCAGGAGAUCUAUAGCCUGGCCCAGCAGAGGAGAAGUAAAGGAGUCAAAGGGCAGUGAAUUUCAAAGGACACUGUAAUCAGGAGGCCCUUAUGGAUCUGUAGCACAGGUGUGGUUUUACCCUGAGUGGAUUAACAUCAAGGACUGGUCCACUACAGUGCCAAACCAGGACUGAGGCCAGCCUGCAAGGACUGGUCCAAGAUGCCACCAGAGCAGACCUGAAGUCCAGAAUCUCACAUCUCUGUGCAGUGACUGGAGGCAGGGUUUCUGUAGGGGGUUGGACAUUCUCUCUCUCUCUCUCUCUCUCUCUCUCUCUCUCUUUCCCUUUAUCUCUCUCUCUCUCCCCCCCUCUUCUCUUUCUCUGAGUCACUGGAUGCCUGGCACAUGUGCUUAUAUGUGCACAUGUAUGUGUACAUGCUUGUUGUUCUUAUAAUUCCAGUUACUUUGUAAGUAUUAGUAGAUGCAAAGGAAUGAAUGAGUUUCUUUUGGCUUUAGCAGUGCCAUACGGUCAUGGCGUCAGUCUCUUCUCUCUCUCUGUCCCACUCUCUCACUCUGUCCAGCAGUAUUUUGGGUUUGAAUUCUGCUAGGGUCUGUGUUAGGUUCGGUGUGUUCCACCACAUGGUGGGACUGUGGAUUAGCAUUGGAUUUUCAUUCCAAACAAAAAGGCAGGAGUAGGACAAGACUUUUUUUGUAACAAAUUCUAGGUUUCAAAAUUAAAUUAUGAA